AUGAGCUCCCAAAAGCUGUCACGCCCUUCUGAGCCCCUCGUCCUUGAGGAGGUUGGUGCUCAGGGUGCUGAAUUCCUCAGCGACAUGACCAAUCGCCUCCGCUCGCUCGCUCUCACCAAGGGCGACCCCAACGAGGUCCUCAUGAAGAUUGGCUCCUACGUCGACAACCCUCACGUCUUCAACACCAAGGUCCCCGUCGAUGGCUCGCCCGUCACCGCCCAAAAGGCCAGUGGCCGCUGCUGGAUCUUUGCCGCCACAAACGUCAUGCGUGUGCCCAUCAUGAAGCGCGACAACCUCGAGUCCUUUGAGCUCUCGCAAAUGUACCUCUACUACUGGGACAAGCUCGAAAAGGCCAACUACUUCCUCGAGCAAAUCAUCGACACUGCCGACAGCGACAUUGGCGACCGCCUGGUCCAGCGCCUGCUACUCGAGCCCAUGGCCGACGGUGGCCAGUGGGACAUGAUCUACAACCUCGUCGAAAAGUACGGCAUUGUCCCCCAGGCCGUCUACCCCGACACCUGGAACGCCCGCAACUCCCGCCUCAUGCGCGGCUUCCUCCAGACUAAGCUCCGCGAGUUUGCCGUCAUCCUGCGCAAGCUGGCUGCCGAGGGCGAUGCCGCCGCCGUGAGCGCCAAGAAGACGGAGCAGAUGAAGCAGAUCCAGGACCUGCUCACCACCUUCAUGGGCGCGCCUCCCAAGCCUACCGAGAAGUUCCACUGGCAGUACGCCAACAAGGACAAGAAGGUCUUUGAGGUCCACAGCACCCCAAUUGACUUUGCCAAGGCCAUCACCACCGCCGACACCGAGUGCGUCGUCAACGACAUGGUCUCGCUCGUCCAUGACCCCCGUAACGAGACCAAUGCCCUGCUCACCGUGGACCGCCUCGGCAACGUUGUUGGUGGCCGCCCUGUCCAGUACAUCAACGUCGACAUGGAGACGCUCAAGACCGCCUGUGUGGACAUGAUCAAGGCCGGCCACCCCAUCUUCUUUGGUGUCGACUUUGGCAAGUUCCGCCACAAGGACCUCGGCGUCAUGGACCUCGACAUCUACGACUACCAGGCCGGCUUCGGCACCACCCUGCUCGAGCAGUCCAAGGCUGACCGUUUGCGCGCUGGCGAGUCUUCCAUGACCCACGCCAUGAUCCUCACCGGCGUCCACCUCGACGAGACCACCGGCAAGCCUCUGCGCUGGAGAAUCCAGAACAGCCAUGGCUCCGAGAGCGGCGACAAGGGCCACCUCGUCAUGACCGACGCCUGGAUGGACCAGUUCAUGUACCAGGCCGUUGUCAACACCAAGUUUAUCAGCGAUAACGUCAAGGCCGCCCUCGACAAGGAGCCCGUUGUCCUGCCCUUGUGGGAUCCCAUGGGUUCUUUGGCCUAA